GCUGGUGCCAUGGGUAUCAGGCAGUGGCUGGCCUUUCUGCUGUUCUUGCUGCUACUGCUGUGGGGUCUGGAGCAGCCCAUAUGGCUACCUGCUGUGGCACUGACCCUGCGAUGGCUCCUGGGAGACCCUACAUGCUUCUUGCUGCUUGGCCUGGUGGUAUUGGCACAGCCCUGGAUCGGCUCCUGGAUGUCCCACUGGCUGAGCCUGGUGGCUGUGCUUCUGACACUGAUUCUAUCACCUGCACGGCCCCCCCCAGGGCUACGCUGGCUGCCUGCAGAUAUGGCCUACUUGGCCAAGAUCCUCUACCUAGGAUGGAACAUCAGGACACAGUUGAGGCGACAGCCUCCCGACACCUUUGUGGAUGCCUUCGAGCGACAAGCAAGAGCACAACCUGGUCGGGUGUCCUUGGUGUGGACAGGGCACAGGGCCUGCUCGGUCACCAUUGGUGAGCUAGAUGCCCAGGCCUGCCAGGCAGCAUGGGCCCUGAAGAAUGAGCUGGGCAACCCCACAGGCCUGGGUGUCAGGAAGCCAGCUGCCCUCCUGGUACUGACUUCCCAGGCCAUUCCUGCUCUGACCGUGUGGCUGGGGCUGGCCAAAUUGGGCUGCCCAGUGGCUUGGAUCAACCCACAUGUCCGGGGGACACCCCUGGUGCACUCUGUGCUGAGCUCUGGGGCACAGCUGCUGGUGGUGGACACAGAUCUCAAGGAGAACCUGGAAGAAGUCCUUCCUGAGCUGCAGGCUGAGAACAUCCGCUGCUUCUACCUCAGUCACGUCUCCCCUACACCAGGUGUGGGGGCUCUGGGGGCUGCCCUGGAGGCUGCUCCUUCUGACCCCGUGCCUGCUGACCUGCGUGCUGAGGUCACAUGGCAAAGCCCUGCCCUGUUCAUCUACACCUCAGGGACCACCGGGCUCCCAAAGCCAGCCAUCCUCUCACAUGAGCGUGUACUACAGAUGACCAAGAUGCUGCCCUUUUGUGGGGCCACAGCUGAUGACGUGGUCUACACUGUCCUGCCUUUGUACCAUGUGAUGGGGCUUGUUGUUGGGAUCCUCAGCUGCUUAGAGCUUGGAGCCACCUGUGUCCUGGCCCCCAAAUUUUCUGCCUCCCGCUUCUGGAAUGAUUGCCGGCAGCAUGGUGUGACAGUGAUCCUGUAUGUAGGCGAGAUCCUGCGGUACCUGUGUAAUGUGCCCCAGCGACCAGAGGACCAAACACAUACAGUCCGUCUUGCAAUGGGCAAUGGACUACGGGCAGAUGUGUGGGAAACCUUCCAGCAGCGUUUCGGUCCCAUUCGGAUUUGGGAAUUCUAUGGCUCCACGGAGGGCAACAUGGGCUUUGUGAACUAUCCGGGGCACUGUGGGGCUGUGGGCAAGACAAACUGCCUCCUUCGAGUCCUGUCUCCCUUUGAGCUUGUGCAGUUUGACACAGAGGCAGCGGAACCUGUGAGGGACAAGCAGGGCUUCUGCAUCCCUGUGGAGCCAGGGGAGGCCGGUCUCUUGUUGACGCGGGUCCUAGGCCGCCACCCUUUUCUGGGCUACCGCGGGCCCCGAGAGCAGUCGAAGCGGAAACUGGUGACGGACGUGCGGCGCCGGGGCGACSUCUACUACAACACCGGGGACGUCCUGGCCCUGGACGGCGCAGGCUUCCUCUACUUCCGGGACCGCCUGGGAGACACCUUCCGAUGGAAGGGUGAGAACGUUUCCACCAGGGAAGUGGAGGGCGUGCUGUCGCAGGUGGACUUCCUGCAGGAGGUGAAUGUCUACGGCGUGUGUGUGCCAGGGUGCGAGGGGAAGGUGGGCAUGGCUGCCGUGCAGCUGGCUCCGGGCCAGACUUUCGAUGGGCAGAAGCUGUAUCAGCAUGUCCGUGCUUGGCUCCCGGCGUAUGCCGUCCCGCAUUUCAUCCGUAUCCAGGAGGUACUGGAGAUCACCAGCACGUUCAAAUUGGUGAAGCCCCGUUUGGUGCGUGAGGGCUUUGAUGUGAGUGUCAUCGUUGACCCCGUGUUCAUACUGGACCACCGGGUCCAGGCCUUCCGGCCCCUGACAGCAGACAUACACCAGGCGGUGUGCGAAGGAACCUGGAAGCUCUGACCACCUGGCCAGCACUGGGAAAUACGAGGGGGCAGAGACCAAUACCAACCCACUGUCACUAUGGGCGAAAGAUGCGACUCAUGCAGUCCACGGGGAGAAAUAAAGAAUGUGCCCACGCUUCC